CUUUAAGUCAAAAUGAUUUGUUUAUGUUUUAUUUUUUUUAGUUUACUUAAUUUAUCUACAAAUGAAGGAACAUAUUUUAAUGGUAUAAUAUCACAUUUUGGUUCAUCAGUCAAAAAUAUAAUUGCUUCUUAUAACCUAGCUAAUGUUAGCGUAGGUUGUAAACAGUUUUACAUGAAUUAUAGCAACGAAAUAGAAAAUAUAGAAAAAUUUGUUGAUUCUAGCACAAAAAUUCCCAGCAGUAUUAUUGUCCAAAACCCCUAUGACUUGGGCGAUUUUGAUGAAUGCAUGAACAUAAAUGGAGAAUUUAAUAAUGAACAAUUUCGAGGAAAAUAUUGUCUUACCAUUUUGCCCAGUGCAAUGAUGAAAGUAGCUCGAUGUGUUCCGAGUAUGUGCUCUAAUGACGAUGUAGCUAAUAUUUUUAAUGAAACAGUGAUUGACUCUGCAUGUUAUACUUAUGAAAAAGAACACAGUUUAGGUACUGGGGCUUGGAUAACAAUAGCAUUAAUUAUCUUUUUGAUUUUAUUAUCAAUCGCAUCCAGUGCAUAUGAGUUGUACCUAUUGAAAAACAAUGGUGCUUGUAAACACGAUCUACUCCUCGCUUUUUCGGCAGUAAGGAACACCAAACAGAUUUUUCAAACCAAAAGUGCAAACCAAUUACUAUGCAUAAAUGGUUUAAAAGCUAUAUGUAUGAUUUACGUUGUGUUCCAUCAUACCACUUUACUUACUUUACAGUAUGCACCACUAAAUAGUAUUGUUGAUAUAGGAAAUAUUGUUAGCUCAAAAUUUAAUAUUUACAUGUUUGAAGUGGUGUUGGUUGACUAUUUUUUAUUCGCUGGUGGACUACUAGUAGCUCUUUCAUUUAUGAAAAAUUAUGAUAAAAAUGGUAAAAAGUUUCAAAUUAAAGAAACAUUGAUGUCAUUUAUACAUAGAUAUAUAAGACUUACUCCGGUAUUUGCCAUAGUAAUACUAUUUUACUUAUAUUUAGUGGAAUAUUUUAAUGAAGGUCCUUUACAUAACGUAGUGUAUUCAGAAUUGACCGAAAAUUGCGAAAAAUAUUGGUGGAGUGCUUUAACUCACAUUCAAAAUUUUUACAAUCCAGGAUCAAAUUGUCUAGCUCAGUCCUGGUACAUCGCCAUAGACAUGCAGCUUUAUGUUUUAUCUCCGUUUUAUUUAAUUUUGCUCUGCAAAUAUCCUAAAUUUGCAAAGUAUAUUACAGCCAUAUUGCUUAUAGGUGCCAUUGCAAUUCCAUUUUGCAUUUCCUAUUUUUAUGAAUUACCUUAUGCUGGACAUCUCUAUGAUCCGCAUCAUGAAGAAUAUAUAAAAUACUAUUAUCUGCCAACAUAUUCUCGAUAUGGCCCUUAUUUAUUAGGCAUACUUUGUGGAAAAUUUAUAUAUAAAAUCAAGAAGAAUAAAAUUGAAUAUAAGUUAAAUACAGUUUCUUGCAUCACAGUCUGGAUACUAACAUUAACUGUGAUAAUGUUGUCCUGUUUAGGACCAGCUAUACUAGUAAACGAGGAAAAAAAUAUAAUAGCAAACUCUCUAUAUAAUAGCACUUAUCGUAUAUUAUUCCCAUUGGCUAUGGGUUCAGUAAUUUUGCUAUGUAUUACAGGAAAUGGAAAUUUUGUAAAUUCUUUUUUGUCCUUGCCGAUAUUUCAAAUCCUGACAAAACUUUCAUACUCGAUGUAUAUUGUCCAUUACGCUGAGAUUGUAUUAAGGGUUACUUCGAUAAAAACAAUCCAAAAAAUAACAAGGUUUUCAAUGACAUUUGACUUCUUUGGGGACUUCAUCAUUACUUGUAUUUUAUCUUAUUUUUGCGUUAUUUUAUUUGAAAGCCCCUUCAUGGUUAUUGACAAACAUUUGUUUUCACGAAAUUUAAAGAAAAAAAGUAAUGCUGAAAUUGAAAACACAAUCAUAAUAUCCAAUAUAAAAUAUGAAUAUUAA